UGCCCCGCCUUGUAUUUCUCCUGUUGAGUCGCGGAACUACCGGAAAGCAUCAGACAUGGCCUCUUCAACUCCUGGCCCUGUCCAGGUAGUUAUAGUACGAAAGGAAGACCACUCAUUCCAGCUCGAUGAAGAGGCUCUUGCCUCUGUGCUACUUCAGGACCAUAUUCGGGAUUUGGAUGUUGUAGUUGUUUCCGUGGCUGGUGCAUUCCGAAAAGGAAAAUCUUUUCUUCUGGACUUCAUGCUGAGAUAUGUGUACAGCCAGAAAAAUGGUGAUGUACAGAACUGGCUGGGGAAGGAAGAUGAUCCUCUUACUGGAUUCUCUUGGAAAGGGGGCUCUGAACCAGACACCACUGGUAUCCAAAUCUGGAGUGAGGUGUUCACCAUGAAUAAACCGGAUGGUAAGGAGGUUGCGGUGGUGCUGAUGGACACACAAGGUGCAUUUGACAGUCAGUCCACAGUAAAAGACUGCGCUACCAUUUUUGCUCUAAGUACCAUGACAAGUUCCAUCCAGAUUUACAACUUGUCCCAGAACAUACAAGAAGACGACCUCCAGCAACUUCAGCUCUUUACUGAAUAUGGACGUUUAGCUAUGGAUGAGAUCUUCUUGAAGCCAUUCCAAACCUUGAUGUUUUUGGUUCGUGAUUGGAGCUUUCCCUAUGAGUAUCCAUAUGCAGCUGAGGGAGGUAAUAAGUUUCUAGAAAAGAGAUUAAGGGUAAAGCAAGAUCAGCAUGAAGAGAUCCAGAAUGUAAGAAAACACAUUCACUCCUGUUUUACCAGUGUGAGCUGUUUCCUUCUUCCACACCCUGGGCUUAAGGUUGCAACUAGUCCUCAAUUUGAUGGCCGUCUGAAAGAUAUUGCUCCAGAAUUCACAGAGCAGCUCAUUGAAUUGGUUCCUCUUGUCCUUGGCCCUAAAAGCCUGAUGGAAAAAGAGAUAAAUGGCUCGAAAGUAACCUGCAGAGGACUUUUGGAGUAUUUUAAGGCCUACAUAAAGAUUUAUCAAGGUGAAGAUUUACCCCACCCCAAAUCUAUGCUACAGGCAACAGCAGAAGCCAAUAACCUGGCAGCUGUAGCUUCAGCUAAGGAUUUAUACAACAGCAAUAUGGAGAAGAUUUGUGGAGGAGAAAAACCAUAUGUGUCUCCUGAUGUCCUGCGAGAUCGAGAGGCAGGCUGCAGAGAGGAGGCACUGUCUUCUUUCGACCGGGCAAAGAAAAUGGGAGGAGUGGAGUUCAGCCGACAGUACAGAGAGGAGCUGGAGAAGGACCUUCAGGACAUGUACUUUGCUUUCUGCAAGCACAACGAAGGCAAAAACAUCUUCACUGCUUUCCGCACCCCAGCUGUGCUACUUGCCCUGGUGGCGGCAUUGUAUAUGGCCUCUGGCAUCACAGGCUUUGUGGGCUUAGGUGUGGUGGCACAGCUGUUUAACUGUGCAAUGGGAUUGCUUCUCAUUGCACUCCUGACCUGGGGCUACAUCAAGUAUUCGGGUCAGUACAGAGACCUUGGGAAAGUCAUAGACUCCAGUGCAAAUUAUGUUCUAGAUCAGGCUACAAACCGCUUGGGCAACUCCACCCGUCACUUUACGGAGCCAGCGGUUGGCGCUCCCCCCGAACGCAAGAAACAAAAGUGAUGGCAGAGCUGAAUAAACCACGUCUUUCCUGCCGGCCGCCAGCCCAAGUCACCAUCUUGAACCACAGCCAUUCCAGCAAUGCCACCUAAGAAGAUAUGCUAACAGUGCCUUUCUAUAUACUCUUUCCAACCUUCAUCACCAAACCUAUCUACACAUUCCCUACAUAAGGGAUUGUCUAAAAUAAUUAAAAAUCUUGACAACACCCCUAAUGGUCCAAAAUAAAAAAGGUUGCUAUACUUGCCUCUUUCUCCAGCUGAAGAAACAGAUAAAUGUAGCAUCCUUUGUUAAUUUUGACUAUUCAGGGGGCUGAUCCAAGAUUUUUAAUUAUCUUGGAUCUUCUCUUUAAAGAAGAAAUGUCACCUCUCCUGACAUGUUUGUAUUUUAGUAAUACUUGGUUCAACUGGGUGUUACCGUGUGGGGGUCCAUGGACAGUCUGACACUGGCAGCAGCGGCACACCACAACUUUUGGCAAUCAGGAUCAUCGUUAUUGUAAACUGCUGGCAAUUCAUAAUCUUCUAUUAGGAAUAACAGAUUGGCACAAUAUAGUGUCAUAAGAACAGAUGCUCCAGAAUUGUAGUUACUAAAACAGUCAUGGCAGGAGUGGUGACAGGUCCUCUUCAAUAUAGAAAGACAAGGACAUUCUAUGACAGGAAUAGGGAACCACAGUGUUUUGUAUUUUUGCCCUGCACUUUAAAGCAGACACUACUACAGUCUGAGCUAGAACAAUUUUAUUGAAAAUAACCUAAUACAGAAAAUAAAUCGGAGCCUUCAGUAUAUUCUCCCUUUUUGACCAGCAAAGCUGACUGAAAAAAAAAAUAUAUAUAUAU